GCGUGGUCAGGGCGGCUGCGCCGGACGCGUCUCCCAGCGACACUCCCCGCUUUCGUUUUCGCUGGGAGCUUCGUCCCGGAACUCCCGCCGUUGCGGCUGUCACGGUUUUAAGCUGGGGGUUCGGUUCAAUAUGGCGGCGGACGGAUGGAAAUACUGAUGACAGUUCGAAAGAUUGUCUCGAUUUGUACGAUGGGCGCCAAUGCCUCUGCUUUGGAGAAGGAGAUUGGACCAGAACAGUUUCCUGUAAAUGAACAUUACUUUGGAUUGGUGAAUUUCGGCAACACCUGCUACUGCAACUCAGUCCUACAGGCGCUGUACUUCUGCCGGCCGUUCAGGGAGAAGGUGCUGGCCUACAAGAUGCAGCCGCGGCGAAAGGAGAACCUGCUCACCUGCCUGGCCGACCUGUUCAACAGCAUCGCCACGCAGAAGAAGAAGGUGGGCGUCAUCCCACCCAAGAAGUUUAUCUCCAGGCUGCGGAAAGAGAACGAACUUUUCGACAAUUACAUGCAGCAAGAUGCACAUGAGUUCCUCAACUACUUGCUCAACACCAUUGCCGACCUCCUGCUGGAGGAGAAGAGUCAGGAGAGGCAGCUGAACGGCAAGCUGGUGUCCAACGGUGGAGGGGGCGGCAGCGGGAACAGCACCGAGGUGGAGGAACCAGAGAAGACUCAACAGACCUGGGUCCAUGAGAUCUUCCAGGGCACGCUGACUAAUGAGACCCGGUGCCUGAACUGCGAAGCGGUGAGCAGCAAAGAUGAGGACUUCCUCGAUCUGUCGGUGGAUGUGGAGCAGAACACCUCCAUCACGCACUGCCUCAGAGGGUUCAGCAACACAGAGACGCUGUGCAGUGAGUACAAGUACUACUGUGAGCAGUGUCGGAGUAAACAGGAAGCCCAGAAGAGGAUGCGGGUGAAGAAGCUGCCCAUGAUCCUAGCUCUGCACCUGAAGAGGUUCAAGUACAUGGACCAGCUGCACCGCUACACCAAGCUGUCGUACCGCGUCGUCUUCCCUCUGGAGCUGCGGCUCUUCAACACGUCGGGAGACGCCACCAACCCCGACCGCCUCUACGACCUGGUGGCCGUGGUGGUGCACUGUGGCAGUGGGCCAAACCGAGGUCACUACAUCACCAUCGUGAAGAGCCACGGCUUCUGGCUUCUGUUUGAUGACGAUAUCGUGGAGAAAAUCGACGCCCAGGCCAUCGAGGAGUUCUACGGACUCACUUCAGACAUCUCGAAGAACUCCGAGUCCGGCUACAUCCUCUUCUAUCAGUCCAGAGACUGAAACAUGGUGGGGGCCACCGGGCAGGACACUGCUUCCUUCUGGGGCCAGUGCAAUGCAGGGUAAGUGCCAAGGAUCAGGGUGUCUCACUGGAGCAGUGCAGGUCCUCUGAGUCAGGGAGAUAGUGACCAGAGGGUGAGCCUCUACGCCCUGCACUGGAUUUUGUAGUCGGGCUGUUGCGUCAGCCUCUGCUGUGAGCUGAGACGGGCUCUACAGUGUGGAUACUGCUCGAGGGCUGCAUAGGGUGUUAAAUCAAGGGAUACCCACGAGGAACAUUCUCUUUGUGUGUGAACUGCACCAACACUGGGAGGUGUGGACUGGGUUAAUUGCCACGACGAGGGUCCACUGCAGAUGCAGCAUAGCGCCGGUCGUCCCACCUGCGGACACACGCGACGCCCACUCAUGUCGGACAAGCCCACGUGUGCAAUGUGCCGGCCGCUUCCACUUUCACACGGGUUGGGGGGGGGGCAUCGUGUCGACGCCAGGGCUCCCAGCCCAGGGCUACUGGCCAGAUGACGCAUUCUGCGUGUGUCAGCGAAUUCACCGGACGUGUGGUGGAGUGCUUUCCGCACUCUCUGUGGGAUUCGUGAAGCAGGGUCAGCAGGACGUUGGACAGAGGCCGUGCCGUGCUUUGGAGAUGCCUGCUGUCUUGGCUGCAGGGAUUACACAGCUCCAGCUCCGCCUCUCCGCUGCAGACGUGUCUUGGAAUGUAACUGGACACUUGGUUGUCGUUCUUUUAUUUAUUUAUUUUUCUCUCUGUUGAACCCCUGUGAUCAAAAGAGCUUUGCUUUAAGACUGUACCAUACCACUGACCAUCGUAUUACAAACAUCUUUUCAGCGUUACAUUCUCAAACAUAAAUGUGCUGCUAGUUAAGAUAAUUUUGAGGUAAUAUAGCCAGAUGUUCUUAUUUGCGAAAAUGACUGUAAAUAAUGGCGGUUUUGGUUAUGACACUAAGACAUCUUCAUUAAGCAAGAAUGUAAUGCGGUGUGGUGUUUGACCUGUUCCUCCAUAAUUCUUUGUAGGUGUAACUUACCUGUUAUUGACGUGGAAGUCAUUGUACAGCGUCGUAUAAAAAGUUCACAAUUCCAAGCUUAUCUCACUGAGUACCAGCCUACUGAUUUAUAUGUCAUCUAGUGGUAAAUUACCACCGGAUAGUAAAAUGCUUUGCUGUGACCUUUGUAACCUGACUGGUGGAGAUGCUCUAUCCGAGGGGUAGUCAACACUUACCCUGGAGUGUCGCUAUCCAGAAGGUUUUCUAUCCUAUGUGAGGAGUUACUAUUUGCCUGAGAUCAGGUGUGGCUCAUCAGAGACCAGGUAGGAUGGAAAACCGGCUAUAUACUGGCACUCCAGGAUCAGGGUUGCCUGCCCCCUACUUUACCCCCACCACUGUGGUGUUUGGUGAGCAGAACCACACUAUCCCAAAUGGGCCCAUUUCCUCGAAUUCCUGCUAACAUACACAAAGUUACAGGCCAGUAAUAGUGGCUUUUGUUUCACAUGUGCAGCUGCUUUCCAGACUAUCCUCUACAAUAGUGUUUCUCGACCCGGUCCUCAGAGACCCCCCCAGACAGUCCAUGUAUUUGCUCCCUCCCACCUCCCCUGUAGACUGGGUUGAGAGACACUCCGUCGUCUGAGUGGGUCUACCAUACCCUUACACUGCUUUUUGCAGUUACAGCCUGCAUAUAUUCUAUAUAUAUUUAUAUUUUUGUGAUUAAAACUACCUUUUGAGCACUACAUGAACACAUUUUCCAGGUUGGAACUGGAUUACGGAUGAUAUGAUGGAGUGAAUGUUUAUCUUUGGGGGGACACAAAGGUCUUAUUAAUGGCCUUCACUGUGAGUGUUAAACCGAAGUCUCUGAUUGGAUGAAGGUCUAACGGAAAGGUGGCUGUCAAGUUCUGAUAGGCUUAUUUUGAAAUCGGCUGCUGGCUCGUGCGCAAUCAUCUUAAUCGUCCUGACAAUGCAUGACGCUACACAGCUACAGGAAUAAACCCGUUUACAUAAUUCAGGGGCUGCUUUAAUGCACUUCUUGCAAACCAUACUGACAACUGUAGCACUAAGCUCACAUGCAACUGGAACAGAGAAGUAUGAGUAGAUUAACCAGCCAUGUGUUUGAUACUCAGACCUUUUUAGGUCACCAUUUUCCCCUAGAUGGUUAUUUUUUUUUUAUAUUUCUUGUUUAGUCUGUCAUUAAACUGGUGGUGGGUUUGUCCUAAGUCAUGUCAGCCCAAAAGAGAGAGAAAGCAGGAAGUACCAAUCAAGCUCUAAUCAUUGAAUACAUUGUGUAAUAGCUUGAAUUUUGGGGGAAAAAACUGGUCAGGCCAUGAAUGGUUACAUUUGAAUCAUUUUCAGCAUUCCACACGUUGAAAAGCUUUUAUUUAAACACUGAAUUAUUAACUUCAAACAGACACAUUCCUGUGUUAAGGGAGCAAAUAGGGUGGUCCGGGAUAUUAUCUAGGUCUAGGACAUUCAUUCUGAUUCUCUGAGAGAGCCUGUCGUGGUCGUUAGGGGCUCCGCAUGCGCUUGACGUGUUGGGAAUGUGUUUACUGCCGUCUGACUUGACGUUCUGGUGACUGUGUGUGUGAGGACUAAUGCCCCAAUAUGGUUCUAAUAUCGUUUCUUGGUUAUCUGGAGAUUUAAUCUAAAGCUCUUGAAUAAAGACGUGGAAAAGUGA